AUGGCAUACGUUAACAGGGAUGCAGUGAUCGUACAGCACGCACCAAAGGAAACACCCUUUGGAGCGAUAGUGAUCGCAGCAAUCGCCAAACAACUCAUGCGAACAGACGAUACCAUUAUCAAUUUUGAACCCAACAAGACGGUAUCCAGUGGGACGUUUGUACUCGAUAAGGUGAAGCUACAGGAGCCUCAACUACUCAGAGAACUAUGCCUGCGCAUUGCUUCCUGUAAACGAAUGCUGUACAUAGACAGCACUGCAAGUCUAGACAAGUGGAUGAACUACAUAUCGGAUAACUCUAUGUCUGCAAAGACCGAAGAAGAACUCUGGCAGUACUACGUAAAAAUGAACAAACAUCUGGCGACACGCACAUUCCUAGUAGGAUACCGAUUGACUGUAGUCGACGUACUACAGUUUACAGCUUUGUCCAAAGCUGCAGACGUGCGCAAAAGAAUCGCAGAAAUGCCGCAUGUUUAUAGGUGGUAUAACUACAUUAUGGGAAUACCAGGAGUACAAACUACCGUAAAUAAACCUUCAAAACCAAACAAGGUGCAAGUCGAGAAGAAACCCUUUACCAAACAUGAACAAAUCGAAAACUCAUAUAAAGGGCACACAAAAGCUGCUCUACUCAACCACUAUUUUGCAAAACAGUACGAUGGACGCUUGUUGCUCAGAUUCGAUGACACUAACCCGCUCAAGGAAAAAAUAGAAUAUGAGGAAACAAUCAAAGAAGACCUCACAGCACUCGGAGUUAAUUUCAGCUCCACGAGCUAUACUUCGGACUAUUUUGACACCAUGCAGCAAUACGCAUUCAAACUGAUCAGAGACGGUGCGUUGUCAAAGUCAAAGGAAACAUAUAUUGCAGGACUUGCAUACUGCGAUGACACAGAUGUAAAUACCAUGCGAUACCAGAGAAACGAAGGAAUAGAAUCAGCCGCCAGAAAUCUACCCGUUGAAACAAAUAUAGCCAACUUCGAGGAAAUGCUAAAGGUAGUCGUGCACAUAAAUUGUGGAAAAAGACAAUGCAGGGAUCACAAAAGGGGACUACACGCUCACCAUAACAGACAAGGCGACAAGUAUAAGGCAUUCCCAACCUACGACUUUGCAUGUCCUAUCGUAGACUCACUCGAAGGAGUCACGCACGCACUACGAUCAAACGAAUACUCUGCAAGGAUACCGCAAUACAACUGGUUUAUCGAAAAGUGUGCACUCAGGCCGGUGGAAAUAUACGAAUUUAGUAGGCUUAAUUUCGUAAAAACCGUACUUUCCAAGCGCAAGCUACAGUGGUUCGUAGACAACGGAAUAGUAAACGGAUGGAACGACCCUAGGAUGCCAACGGUCAGAGGAAUUAUGCGAAAAGGACUCACUAUAAAGGCACUACUCGAAUUCAUUCUAGAACAAGGGCCAUCAAAGGCUGUCAACCUCAUGGAAUGGGAUAAGCUGUGGGCAAAAAAUAAGCAAAUCAUAGACCCUAUUGUACCCAGGUACGCUGCUGUAGGGACAGACGCUGUCGAGCUUAAGCUCAACAAUUUCGAAAAUGUCGAACUCCCGCCACCAAAAAGAAGCCUGCACCCAAAGGACCCAGAAAUGGGAGAAUGUGACAUUUGGUUCACACCAAUCGUCCUGUUGGACCGCGUGGAUGCCGAAGAAAUAACAGACGGUGAAGAAGUUACACUUAUGCGCUGGGGAAACGUUAUCGUAUCUACGCCCUCAUUUGAAGGCCAACUCAAUCCCAGCGGGGACUUCAAAAAAACUAAAAAGAAAUUGCACUGGCUUCCAAAGAACAGUGAUAAGCUCAUCAAGUGUACGCUGAAGCAGUACGGUGAUCUGUUGGCUGUCGACAAAAUAGACCCCGAGCAGCUAGCGGAGCCAGAAGAUAUGAGGAAAUUCCUAGAACCAAUAACGGAAUGGACCACAGAGUGCCUAGCCGACAAACAACUGGCACUGCUCCAAAGGGGUAGGUUAUUGAGAUAUCGUCACUGUUUCACCUAUUUGAAGGAACGAUCGUACAGCUGGAACGCCGCGGAUACUAUAUCGUGGACCAACCUGCCAGCGAUGGUCACAUGGUGA